GAAACUACUACCCAUCAACAUUGUCGAACGCGCAGUCGUCAAGGCAGAAUCUCCAGAGCUUCCCGUGAUGACUGCGAACAGAGAAAUGAUCAGUCAGCAAGCAUCAAAGCCAGAAAGUGAAGUAGCGUUGCCUAGUAGCGGGGGCAAAGAUUCAUCAUCAUCUCCAACAAGAAUAAAAGACGCGGCGGUAGAAAAUGCUGCAGGCGCUGAUCUGGUAAAACAAGAAGACGGUGAGAAUACAAUAAAGAAUGCUGUUCCAGUUGAAGCCUCUGCCGAGGCCGCGAGUAGUUCUGGAAGUACCUCUGCUACGCCAAGCCACGGAAUUCUAGUCAAUCCCCGUGCAGAGACACUUUUCGUUCAAUUGCUCUCGUCCACUUAUUUUCAAGCGAGGAGAAGCAACGACCGCACUUCAUCGCAACUAGAGACCUCUGGUGAAGGAGGUGUCUUUUUGUCGUUACCCAAAAUUAUGCAUUGCUUCCAAUGCUUGAGUUCCGCAAAGCAAGCCGCCGUCUUGCGUAUGGCCUUCAGCGUGUGCGGAUUGCGUCCGAUGACGAUCGAUCUGCUAGAAAUAGGUGGAGGCACGGCAUUAACUAAAACUACAACCGGAUCAGGCCAUCAAAUGAUAGGGGACCAGCAAUGUACCAGAGUAGAAGAGAUUGCACAACACGAGAACCCGAUUUCGCUUGCACUCGUCCAACAUAGUAGAGAGAGUGAGAGACGACGAGAUGCCUCUUGCGGUAGCGAUGUUCUUAGUCGACUAUCAUCUUGCGCCACGUCCUCGACGUGCUCUUCGUCCUCUCUUCCAGAAUCUUGGUCACACAGGACUCGGCUCGUGGUGCAACUGCAGCAAAUCGCAUGGCGAAGUGUUGGAGCCUUAUUGUGUCGUCGUAAUAAUCCAUUGCUAGAAGUCCAUGUCCAACGACGAGGAGCGCAACAUAGCAG